AUGAUCCCGAUUUCAAAAUAUGAAUCGGCUGACCACCUCCCAGAUACACAGCAGCUCUCUUCCAGCUGCCCUCUGUGCAGCAAAUCAUUUCUAAAGCCAGAGGUCACACGAAGACAUAUCAAAACCUGUGCAAAAAAGCUCAACCAGCCUGCACCUCCCGCAGCCAAGCCAGGCAGGAAAAGACAUUCCUGUGAGCUAUGCUUCUUUGCCAAAGCAUCUUGCGACAAGAACCGACCAUGCUCUCGCUGUCGCUCCCUUGGACGACAAUGCACCUUCGUGGCCAAAGACAUACCGUCCCGAGAUCCCAGUUGCUCUGCAGUAGCCUCAUUAUCCCCUUCUAUAACCACAUCCCGGGUCAGCUCGAGAUACAGCGGAUCAUUUUCUUUUCUCCAACAUUUUGCCAAUCCAUCUUUCCAAAGGGACAGGCUGGCAAUCGGGGAGACUGCAAAGUGUUCUGUUCGAAGAAACCUUGAAACACUCAAUUCACAUAUCGAAGAUGCGCUCGUUCCCACUGAUCCCAUAUCAGCUUUUGAAAGUGAUUUUCAACUUACAAGUUUCCCCUUUCAAAUACCCUCGAUUGUGCCCUCUUUUACAGAUGAUUAUUUACUUCGGUUCUCCCCUGAUACACUCUUCCCUUCAAAGCUUUCCAACCAAUUAUGCGAGAUCAUGACGGAGUUGGUCGAGACUUCAAAGUCAAUGGGUCUCGGAAGCACAGGAACGCUAAGCCCGCUUGAUUUCAUGGAACUUUCUAGUCUCUUGGGGGUUUCUAAUAUAUCUGCUUCUAUCUCUGCGUUCUUCCACUCUCUUCACUGGCAUUUACCGGUGGUGCAUUUUCCAACCUUCGACCCAGGGAACAUCUCCAGUCCUCUUUUACUCUCAAUAUUUUUAUCCGGUGCCACAUAUACUAUUCCGUUGGAUGGAGGGGCCCUACCAUCCGGUCUCUUCGACGUCGCAGAAGAGUAUAUAUUUCGGAAAAUUGCGGAUCUAUCAACACUCGCUUCGCCGAAAGACCAGUCGCAUUUAUCAUCAACUGUGCAGCUAAUACAGAGUGCUCUUAUUAUUGAGAUGCUUCAAUUCGGACAAGAUAACAUGCAAACGAGACGUCGCAUUCGCAUCGUCCGACAUCCUUGUUUAGUAUCCACCAUACGAUCCCUAGGCAUUUUUCAGGUCAAGCGAGGAACUGCUCCCACCGUCUGUGAUGACAGAACUUGGAGAAAUUUAGUGGCAGAGGAGGUGUGCAUACGAAUCGCUUGUUGGGUCUUUCUAGCCGAUGGAUUUCUCACAGUCUGCUUCAAAAACCACCCAUCAAUAUCAGUCUUUGAGAUGGACUGUCAUUUACCUUGGAGUGCCGGGUUGUGGGAAGCCGAAAGUGCGUCUUCUUUCAGCAGAAUUGCCAUCUCGCACUCAACAGAACUCCCGCUUCCGCCCCUGAAAGAUGUGAUCACACAAUUACUUGAAACUCCUUUAGGUACUGGCCCAAUACCAUGGGGUCUUUCGGUGUCAGUGGAGCAUCUCCUGAUUCUGAUUUAUGCAAUUAACUCCCUAGCAUUCCAGGCGAGAUCGGGGUUGUUAAGAUAUUUAUCGCUUGAUAGAAUACGCUGUGCGUCUGGUAACUGGAGGCGGAUCUGGGAUUCGGUUAUUGGUCGCCUGGAUAAGGAUAAAUUCCUUCACCUUGGGUAUCCGAAACACGCUCAGGAGCUUUGGUGGUUGUUGAAUGCCACGCUGGAUGCUACUGGCAGAUCUGAUCUCAGCCUUCAGUAUAUGGACAACACUGCUACUGAUGACUUGGGGAAUUUGAAUGAAUUCAUUCAAUGGUGUCACCAGAUUCCGCCAUAA